AUGGAUCUCCGUUCAGUUCUGAAUAAUUCUGACAACGGCGAUCGCGGCCGUCAGCCUGACCGCGAUCGUGCGCCGCCCGCCCAGCCGCCUCCAACUCCUCAACAGCAGCAGCAACCGCAGAUCCAGCCUCACCUCCAGCAGAGUCCUCCCCAACACCAUUAUCGAAGCGAGUACGGUUAUCCAGCUCAACCGCAUCGUUCGCCCGGCAAGCCUCCCGGUCAGGACUACCCUCAUCAUCCUGGACAGCACCCUCAGCACCAGGCAUCACAAGGUGCCUCGUACCCAUCUCACCCACAAUCACCUUAUCAGGUGGCCGCCUCGUACCCGAAUCGACCUCCUCCGCCUCCUCCUCUCCAGCCUACCAACUCCUUCCACGACCCUCGAUCGCCUAUGCUGGCUCCAUCGCCGACUGCCUACCGAGCAGCAUCGACCCCUACAGCCUCGAGCUCGACUGCACGAGGAUAUCCCUUCCCACCCACUCAUGGACCGCCGAGCGAAAUGACGAGCCCAAGCAUGCGGCAACAAACACAUCCGCCUCUACAAUAUCAGCACUCUCAGCCGCCGCCGCAACGGCAAGACAGCUAUUCCCAUGGUCCUGGGCCGUACCAUCCCGUAGCUGUAAUUUCACAGACUCCACCGGUUGCCGUGCCUGGUGGCCCUCAUUCUUUUAUCCAUCAGCGCUCCCAAUCCGCUCAAUCGACUCCCACCCCAACAUCAGCACAUAGCCAGCACCAUUAUGGCCCGCCUCCCAUCCACAGCAGUCCUGUGAGCGCCCACCAGAUCCCGCCGUCUGCAGAAUACAAUCGUCAGCCGUCCCAACCCCCGACUCCUCUUGGUCCGCCUCUACCAGUCGCGCUCGGUCAACCUGGUCCUCCUCCAGGUUCCUUCCCUCCGUCUGGACCGCAAUCCCAGCCACAGACCCAACCUUCGAGUCCAUAUCAACAGAGAACACCCUCGGUGCCGGUGGCCUCUCCUGGGCAAACAAAAUCUUCACCGCCACAGCCACAAGCCCGGUCACAAGAGCCACUGCACCCACCCGUCCAACAUAUCCCCGGCACAAACAAUACACAUAAUGCCCACCGGACCAGUGAAUCACCUGCCAUUGAUCACAAUCGCAGACCAGCAUCAAUUCACGAUCGAGAGCACAGCCUGUCGGUGAGCCCCAAAACCCGAGUGCCAUCCUUACAUAGCAACUCAGAGCGCAACUCUGUUUCGCUUCCAGUGAAGAUGAUGAUCGACACCGAGCCCACGACGACACCGGCGAAGCGGAAGCUUGACGACAGAGAUCUGAGCCCCCAGGAGCUCGAGCAUAAAGACACCAGGCCGCCUCCAGGCGAAAUCAAUGGGAAACAUGUACCCGGAAAAUCUCUUGCAUUACCAGCCGCACCCAAGACGCAAUCUCCUGUCGAACAACGUGCCGAACAACGGAAAAAAAGAGUCAACUGGGCCGAGAAACCCAUUUGGGCUCAAAGCAUACGUACCUUGGGCAAAAACCUACCACCUAAUGCCAAUUUUGUGCUUCAGAAAAAAGCUCACCCCCAUGUGAAUGGAGCCUCCAAAGACGGAGCUCCCAAGACUCCCGAAGCCGUGAAGUCUCAACCUCCCCGUCAUUCCCAGACAACUACUGCCCCCCCUUCUCCCGGACCCCAAGAUAUACUCGGAGCUUGGGAGCAUUCGAUCACAGGAGUGGAGCCAAUAGAAGACAUACCGCGCGUAAUCGCAGAUUUCCUUUUUGUCAACAUUGUUGGAGCUUCCGAUAUACAAGAGAUAACGAAUCGCGGCAUAAAGUUUGAGAUUGAGGCUAAGUUGGGCACUCUCAUUGACAAAGAUACAAAUCACCGGGUCGACCGUUUUCUUGGAUCCGAGGCCAUUUUGGAAAGCAAUAAUCGAACAGCAUUCAGGAGUAGCAUGACCGAGGCACAACACAAGGCUUUCAAUGAUUUUCUCAACCAGACCGUCAUCGAAACCGACCCUCGCAACCCCAACACUGGCAAGCAGCGAGUUCAGGUUCACUAUAAGCACCGUCGUGAAGUCGAUAGCUUCGUCGAACUUCCGCGUGAGCUUCAGGAUGAGCUUCCCGGUUGUAUGCUUUCUCGCCUAGGUCGUAAGAACGUCCGGGCUCGGAUCACUCAUGAUCAAAAGACCGGACAGAUCAUAAAUACCAUUGUGAAGGCGCGUGUUGCUGACAUCGACCUUCAUAUGCCGACAUGUCCCAUGGAUUGCCGCAUCAGUAUCAAUCUUGAAAUGGACUGGCGCGGCUCUACGAAAGAACUAGAGCAGCUUGCUGCAAGCCAAACAGGAAGGCAACCCAGCAGAAACAAGGACCGACUAAGUUAUACUCAUGGCCACUACCAGAUCGAUCUGACUCAGGUCACUCAGCAGGUUACUCUGCCUGGAGGCGCAACUCGUUCCGAAAAGGAGCACGAGCUUGAGAUCGAGAUAUCACCCGAUGUUCUCGUUGACCAAGGUCAGAGAGCCAUGAAUAACGCGCCACAUCGGUAUGAGGAACUAGUCAAGGGUUUUUUGAACAACGUGAGAAUCCUAGCGCGCAAGGCUCGCGACUUUCCAUAA